AUGUCUCCUGAAUACGCCAUGUAUGGACAAUUUUCAGUAAAAUCCGACGUGUUCAGCUUCGGUGUGUUAAUGCUUGAGAUCAUUACUGGCAAGAUGAAUCAGAAUUCUCACAUAUCAGAUGAUGACUCCGGCCUUCUCGACUACGUUUGGGAACAUUGGAGAACUGGAGCACCAUUGGAGAUUGUGGAUCCGAUGGUCGGUGAAUCUUACCUGGCAAACGAAGUGAUCAGAUGUUUUCACAUUGGCUUGCUCUGCGUUCAGAACGACAGAGAAGCCCGACCUGCCAUGGAUACGGUUGUUCUUAUGCUUAGUAGUGCUGAUUCCAUUAGCCUCCCUGUGCCUGAGCAACCUACAUUCUCUGUCCCAAAUGUGAAACCCAAACAACAUUCUCAAGAUGGAAACUCGAAUCGAUCCAGCAAGCAGCUCAAUAGCAGCAAGAUAAUGCCGCAAUGUUCAGUGACCAGCGGCUGUCUUACUGAUGUGGUACCUCGAUAG